AUGACGGGGCGGGGCGCCGUGCGAGAGAAGCCAGCCGCGGGAGACGGGGAUAUGGAUCGCGCCUACUGGAGCUUCGAAUGCGUCAUGCCGAUGCUCGCCAAGUUUAUAAUGUCUGAAAUGUAUAAAAGAAUACAAAUUGAUCGGGGAAAGUGGCAAGAAGGCGCCAUAGAUAAGGUUCAGGGUAUUCAGACGUGCUGUAAUUGGCUAUUGACGCUACGCGCCCGGUUCCCCUUACGCAGUCGCUGCGUCCUCAUAGCGUCUGCCUCUCGCGUGUCUGCUCGAAGCAGGAGUUCGAACCCCGGAAACGGCGCCGCCCUGGAUUCGCAUGCCAAGUUUCUUCUGGCACGUGGUUGGGCCGCCGUUAGAGAGGAUAGACAAAAUUGGGAGGAUGGUGAAACAUGGAAAGAAAGUAUUACACAAAUCCCCUUCCGGUUCAUCGUUUGGGUAGUGGCGGAGUUUGUGAUACUGGCUCCAGUGGCGUCGGCGUGUGUGGCAGCCGCAUUAAUUGCAUUACCGGUGCCAUGGGUGACCUUGAUGGCUGCAGGGUUCGUAGCGGAGGAUUUUGUGGUAGUGGGAAUGUUGGUUUCGUCUUCGCCGGCUGCUUUUCACGAGCAUUUGAAAUAUCAUGUUCGCUAUAUUAAGAGGUUUCUUCAUCAUUGUCACGACAGUUGACUCUGGAUUUCACGCAAUGCUUUGAAAAUGGCAGUAACAACCUUUCGUGUUGCUGAUUGGUUGUUAACACAAGAGAAAUGCCGUUGGUAUUGCUGGUCCAGAAAUUGGUGGCAGCGCUUCUUUUCUGGCUUUGCAAUCCAAGUUUGAGAGUAGUGAUGCUGAUCCUACAUGAUUUUUUUAUACAAAAGCUUCAUACUCGAUUGCUGUAGAUCAUCAUAAUGUUGUUUUAAAAAGCUUUAUUACAAUAUUAUUCUGUAAUAAGUUAAUUAAAUUUAUAUUACCUCAAUGUUAAAUAAUGAAAAUAAUAUAUCCAUUUUCCGUCUGUAAACUGAAGUAGAAGUCAUCUUCCUGUUUCGUAAGUAACGAAUCCACAAAGAUACUCUACAUAUUGCCCUAUUAAAAAUAUGAAUUCAAUUUAAUAUUACCCAUUACCUAUAAUGUUUUCUACACGUUUACAACGUACACACUUAACACCGUUUUCACGCGUUUGACAACUCUC